AUGAAGGAGAAACCCUUACGGUUGGCAGAAAACCCUAAUGUUAAGGUGGUUCAGCCAACAACUUCGAAGGUGACAGAGAUCGAGACUCCUCAGAAACUUUGGGUGGACGUGAUAAGCAACAAUCGGAAUCCUUCCAAUGGGAUGCAAAUCGAGUUUAUAGCACCACAACUUGUGAAUGGUGAAGUUGAGGUCACAAUUGAGGAAGAGGACAUCAUGAGUGAAGUGAGGUAUUGGGAGUCUGCUCUCAUCAUGUAUGUGAUUGGAAGCGAUCUAAGUAUGCAUACCGUGAAACAAUUUAUGGAGAAGAACUGGAAUUUCGUCAAGCUGCCUGAGAUGUUCUUCAACGAUGAAGGGUAUUUUAUCUUGCGAUUUCAUUCAGUUGAUGACAAGGAUUUAGUGCUGAUGAAAGGGCCCUAUACGAUACGAAACAUGGCAAUGCUUUUGAGGGACUGGAAACCGAACUUUAACUUACAGAGAGAUAUGCUGCGAACAAUUCCAAUAUGGGUGAAACUCCCUCAUUUGCCUCUGUAUCUGUGGGGAAAACGAAGUCUGAGUAUGAUAGGGAGUGUUUUGGGUACGCCCUUAGUCACGGAUGAGUGCACUGCAAAUAGACUGAGAGUCUCGUAUGCACGUAUCCUGGUGGAGAUUGAUAUCACCCAAGCCCCAAUUGACGAGAUCACCAUUAAGGAUAGUGAAGGAAAUCGGAUGAAACAGCCGGUUGAAUAUGAGUGGAGGCCGAAAUUUUGUCAUAGGUGUCAAAAGGUUGGCCAUAACUGUGAAACUAGGCAGCCACAGGGUACAAAGCAAUGGAAACCUAAGGAAGCUAAGCAACCAGAGCAACAAGAGAUUGUGGUUAAGAAGACAGCAGAAACUCUCCCUGAGUCUGAACCAACUUGGACCACAGUGGAAAGAAGUAGGAAGGGAAAAGAGAUAAUCAAAGAAGGUACAACUGAGAUCCUAAGCCAUAACACAUUUGAAUCACUUAACCUUUUGAAUGAGGUUGUGGUGAUCCCGGAUAAGACAUGA